UAAUAUUUGAACAUGACAGUGAAUGCAUAAUACAUAAGUGAAAGUUUAUUUAGUUUUUCAUAAUGAACAAUAUUUUAAGGAAAUAAACCGCCUGUGUCGCUCAUCAGUUCAUGUUUUGUCGUAUUUGGUUCCGUAAGGAUUUACAAUUGCUAAAUGCUAGAAUAUUGAUUUUGGAGAAAACAAUGGAGGAACGCACGAUUUAUAAGCUACUUCCUGUGCUGUUAUGCGCACUUGCAAUGCCAUUAUCCAUGCUUUUGUGGAUUGGGAAUUUUGCCUACUCCAAAAUAGCUAGUAGUAAUCAAGAUAAUGUUAUCCCUCCGACGAGAUGGCUUUUUUCUAUACUAGUUCCAAUCCUGCUGAUGGUGUACGGUUUGAAGAGGAAGGGAGUCAACAAAUCUGGUGCUGCUCUUGGACUUAUUUGUGCGGUUAUUUUGUCUAUAUCGUCGCACGCAUUUCUGGCCUGUUUGGCCACGUUUUUCUUCAGCUCAAGCCGUGCCACGAAAUUCCGUAGCCACCUAAAACGCAAGUUCGAGGAAGAUUUUAAAGAAGGCGAAGGGCAACGAAAUUGGGCUCAGGUCAUUUGUAAUGCUGGAAUGGCAACACAGCUGGCAUUGCUUUACCUAUUAGACUGUGGCUAUGGCGAGCGACCGAUCGAUUUCAUUCAGCUGUACAGAUCCAGUUGGCUCGGGGUGGGGAUAAUGGGUGCCUUUGCUUGCUGCAACGGAGACACCUGGGCAAGCGAGCUGGGCACAGUUCUGAGCCGAGGAGAUCCGCUGCUAAUUACCAGCGGAAAGCGAGUACCCCGAGGGACGAACGGUGGAGUGUCGUUCGUUGGCCUGGUAGUGAGUUUUGCGGGAGGGCUCGCGAUUGGAGCUUCUUACUAUCUCACAAUUCGGUACUCAGUUGACUCGAAAAUCCUCUCGAACAGCCCCAAUCAGUGGCCGAUCAUUGUGUUCGGUGGAGUGGCCGGUUUGCUGGGAUCUAUUGUGGAUUCCUUGAUAGGGGCAACCCUCCAGUAUUCCGGAAUUGAUGCCAGCGGAAAGAUAGUGGAGAGACCGGGGAAAAACGUGCGACACAUUUCGGGCGUGCGAAUCCUGGACAACCACAGCGUUAAUCUAAUUAGCAGUAUCAUCACGGGACUGUCGAUGCCGAGUAUAGCGAUGUACUUCUGGGGGAUGUUUUAGCCGUCGAAUGGCUGUGGGAGGUUGUUGCUUGGCAUUGUUACGUAACUUAUUGUUCAUUUUAUAAAAUUUUCCAAACGAAAAAGUUGUUU